CCGGCUCAAAUGCGUGCGACAAAGAUGUAUAAAACUCGGCUCAGGUACGACUUCUUACGGUAGCACAGAAUUAGAGACCACUUGGGAAAGACAUAUUGCUAUCCUCUCUGCCCAUGUCAGUCGCCAUGAAGCUUUCUGCAACACUUCUUCUCCUUGGAGCAGGACUUUCUGCUGUCGCUGCACUCGACGUCUCUGUGGCCAAGGAGGCGCAUCGGCUGGCCAUCGAGCGGCGGGAAGCCUCCCGCGAUGAAGCCCACACACUCCAAAGCCGGACGAACAACCGGUCUCGCAGCAGAAACUGGUCUGGUGGCGCCGUGACAAACGAUCGUUACCAGUCGGUUACUGCCGAGGUGAUCAUCCCGAACAUCACUUUCCCAUAUGGGUAUGAUCCCAAGACGACCUAUUCCUCGUCCGUCUGGGUCGGUAUCUCCGGAUACGACGAUUUCUGCGACGUAGCAGGCCAGACUGGUCUGAUACAGGGAGGGUACUACUACCUUUACGACAAGGAAGGCGACUUUGGCGUUUUCGCUUUCUACGAAUGGUUCCCCGAUGGGCCCGUGUUCCUUGACGACACGGAGAAGAUCCUCACAAACAUUGGCGACCACGUGCGAAUGACGGUGACGCAGAAAAACAACAACACUGGCACCUACACCUGGGAGAAUCUGACGCAGGGUAAAAAGUUCGAGAAGAGCCUGACUGCGCCUACAAAUGGCAGCCUAUGUACCAACACUGCCGAAUGGGUAAUUGAAUCCUUCAUGUCUGAAAAGGAUCACACAAGUCUCUAUCCCGACUUUGGCGAACUGAAAUUCAUAAACAUCAAAGCUGUCGCGGAGAGCGGCAAGCCUGCGUCGUUGUCAGACGCCUACUUUUACGACGCCGAGCCGCUUCUUAACGGUAAACGACUCACCAAUUGCGCGAUUCAGCCAGAGACCGCUUCUACAACCUGUAGCUGGUUGGGUUACAAGGACAUAUUCUCCAGCUGAUGACGUUGCACUACAAAUACAAAAUGGGCCAGUAAGCCCAUGAGUGUACGGCCUGAAGUACAUAGCAACAAGCCCGCGCGAAGUAUCAUAAUAUCAAGUAGUUGAUGUAGCUAAUUGAAAUGGAGUCUCAUAAAAC